AUGACAGAAAAACCCAUUCCAGCCUUCUAUGGCUGCUACCUGCUGCGGUCCAGCGUCCGACACGCCUCCCUCUAUAUCGGUUCGACGCCGAAUCCUCGCCGUCGACUCGCCCAGCAUAACGGUCUCUCCAAGGGAGGCGCCAAACGCACGGCUCGGGAGAAUCUCCGGCCCUGGGAGAUGGUGAUUGUCGUGCAUGGGUUUCCUAGCCGGGUCGCCGCGUUGCAGUUUGAAUGGGCAUGGCAGAAAACCCACGCAUCUCGACACGUGGAUCCAGAGGAAGCUAACGCUGCACAUCGGAAGACCAGUCGUGCCAACCAGCCUGACACCGAAGCGUCGGGCGUCGGGGAGAAGGAUGUAGACGCCAACGCAGACAAGGGCAAAAAGCGCAAGGCUCGACCGACCAGGCGAUCCUUGCUACGUACCUUGGCGGACCUGCAUCGGCUGCUCCGCUCGGCCUAUUUUACCGGCUGGCCGUUGACGCUGCGUUUCUUCGCGCCCGAUGUGCAGCAGGUGUGGACUUCGCUCUGCGAUAGAGAAGCAGUCAUCCUGCCGGGCAACAUUCAGGUCGUCUUGGAGAAAGAAGAUGGGGUGCAGAGUUCAGAAGACGGUGCGGGCAACGCUGCUCAGAUUCGACGGAUGCCCGUGGAUUACUCGGACAUGCAGGACUACGUGGGAAAAUCUGCCUUCUUGCUAGACGGCACGGAGGAAGCAGAAGAAGGAGAUCUACGGUGUAGGCUCUGCAAGGCACGAGUAAUACCGAAUGAUGAUCUGGUGGCGGUUUGCCCCCAGAUGGAUUGCCAUUGCAUUACUCAUGUGGUCUGUCUAGCUGCCGAGUUUCUCAAGACGAGCAACAACCCGGACCAGUUGGUUCCUCCCAUGCAGGGGAUGUGUCCUGCCUGUCAAUCGACUGUUUCAUGGACGUUGAUGAUGAAAGAGUUGAGUCUGCGCACGCGGGGCCGUGAUGAGGUGCAGAACAUCCUGAAACGGAAAAAGAGGAUGCAGAGUAGUCCCCCACCGGUGGUACCUUCGGCGGUCGUGGAUUCCGACAGCUGGGAUGAGACCCACGACCUUGUAUCAGACUCCAGCACCGGUGAGCGAUCAACUGCCCCGCUAAACGUUGCUGCAAAACCAGCCGAGAUCGUCAUCGAGGACAGCGAGUGGGACGAUGUAGAUGUUCUUGAGUGA